AUUAAUCUCAAGGAUGGGUUUGCCACGGGCUUUUGCAGUGAAAAGCGCAAUGUCUUUGCAGGAGUUUCAUACGAUUUUUGGCAAGGAGAUUGAUCGAUAUUUGGCAAAGCUGGCAAGCAGAGGAAAAGCUUCUUCAGGACAUCGAGAUGAGCAACCUCAUUUGCCAGAGUUAAAACGGAUUGCGCACCAGAUGGCAGACAGCAUCCUGAAGCGGCUGGCAGUGAAUGCUACAAAGUGGGGCUUGGACCAGGAUGCACUGAAUGGUAAGCUGACACCUGAAGCUCCUCAGAAAGUUCCCAAGAAGUCAGCCAGGUUGGCUCAGCUCAAAGCAAGGUGCCAGGAUCUGGAGACAGAGCUCCACCGACAUUUGGAAGAGGAAGAAAAGCGCAAAAGCGAGGUUCUUCAGCGUUUUAAGGCUGAGUGCGAUUCAAUCCUAAGAUCUCAGGAGGAGGAGUUGCUCCAGCUGCGGAGAGCGGCUGUGACUCAAGAGGCCGAUGCUGCUCAGCGUGGCGUGGCCCACUUUAAGCAGGAGGUCCUGGAGCAAUUGCAGCGCAUUCAGAAGCAGCUUGCUGAGACAAAGGACCAUGUCAGCGAGCUGGACCGCUUGAAGCAAGGCCUUGACAACAUUGAAGAGAGACAGAGGAGGGCCAUUCCUCCGAUCGAAGCACUCCUAGCCAGCACAAUGGACACCUGGCCAGAAGAUACAGAGGACGAACUUCUAGCGGCAAACAUUCGCAAAGGGGAGCAGGUCUGCAAGCGCCUCCGCCGGCACCAGUCCAAGUGACGCGCCUGUACAGAACUGUUUGAUUUGCGGGCUGAGCCUUGACAAGCGUUGUCAUGGAUUGUCCUCCAUUUAAUUCAAAGAGGACCUGCACGAAAUUAUCGACUAAUGCUUGGGUGAGACAUGGGUCGGACAGAGAAAAGCUGUGCGUCACUGAAUUCCCCUUCAGAAAAGGAUAGAAAAUAACUUGUCAACGGUCAAGAAGCUAGAACGUUCUU